UCAAACAACCCCAAAUCACAGCGGGAAAAUGACGACAACAGCCAGAAAGUCUUUGGAACACAGUGAAGGAAUCAAAGCUAGAAAAUUUGAACAGCAAUCAACUUGCAAAGUAAGCCAUGGCCUCGCUCGAAAGACAUCGCUCAUAGAUUUUAGCCAGAAGAUGAAGAAGGAUCAGAAAUACAAGCUGAGAGAUGAGGAUAAAACUGCCUGGUUGAACGCCAACGGCCAGACAAUUGCGGUACAAAAAAUACAUAUCGAUUCUUUGGGAAUGGACAUGAAACAUUUCUUUACUCCAAAGGCUUUAUUUGAAUUGGAUACACAAGAGUUUUCGGAGGUGCAGAUCGAAAGCAAUACAUAUAAAAUAAUAACCGCGCAGUCUGACCUUACGCUCAAAAAAAAGUAUCGCAAUAUCCACUCCGCAUCGGAGCUUAUGAUGAAUCCUGGUAUUGUUCAGCCCAUUGAUAAAAGCAUACUGAAAAUGGCCAAGGACUCUCCUCGAAAGUUCAGAGAGUCUGGAACAAACAGAGUUCAGAAGCCAAACAGUGGAAAAAAGGUUUCAAAAACUCCCCGUAGCAGAUCUAGUACAAAAUCCACUCUAAAGAAGGACAUUGAGAAUUUAGAAUAUGAUGAUCUGACUUUGUGCGAAUUCGAUGCUAUUACACCUGGCAGGGAUUCAAAUCAUAGUGUCAGUGAAGAAAACUUCAGCCCUAAAGUUACAUUUUAUAUAGAUCCAGAAGAAGGAAAAACGUUGAAAUCUACCCACGUUGGCUGCUCAAAAACCACGAACAUAAAGGCGAUCGACGAUAAUGAUAGGUGUUUGGAAAAAAACUUUUAUUUAGAAGAUAAAGAUCCGCUCCGCUUAAAUCAAAUUACUUUAGAAAAAAAAGGAACGACCCCAGUCGACCGUCGCAUUACUGAAGAAAAUGAAAAACCUAUUCGCUUGAGGGAUUCAAUUUGUUUUAAGAGGGUAAGCCCCAGAUUGAAUCAACCAGAAAAUAAGUUAAAAUGUUCAAAUCAGUUAGAAAUUCAGGAAAUUCCUCGACAGCCCGUCAGCAUUGAUCGCAGUAAGAAGGAAAAUGCACCCAUCAUUGGUAACCAAAUAGGUCGUCCUACGAAUGUGGCUAUUGUGGACCCGAGUCCCUCUGUUUUAAAUCGUCGUAAUUGCCCAUAUCAGUCUGUUCCUCCGGUUCCAAUAGCUUUUGGAAGAAAACCGGAGUUUAAUCAAGUUGGCGAUGUUUUUGCUGAUGAUCCGGCGCCCCAGAGAGCCCGUUUUCUGCCUAGACCCAAAAAAGGUUUAGCGUUAGGAAUAAAUAUAAGUGACUACGUCUUUCCAUCGCCGGCCUACUUGGCAAGCCUUGAUUUGCAUUCAUUGGGCACCUCAAAAGACGAGAAUAUAUGUCAAUUGAUGUCGAAGCGCACUGAGAUAUUGAGGGAUCAUGCGAACCGAUUAAAAGAGUUGUUAGCAAAUCGGCAAAAAGAAAUUGAUGGCUUUACCUUCAGCAAAAAGGUCAAGAGAUCUAAACAAAUACCCUUGCAUGUUUUUUGUCUGUUUCUAAUGGUCAUAGCGGGCUUUUGUUUGGUUUUGUAUUCCCUUUAUUAUGAGCAAAAUAGACCUCUAACGCUUUGGGAGGGUUUUUUGCUAGCUCCUUAAAUAUAAUUCCUUAUAUCAAUAUAAAAGAAAACGACGUUUUUUCUAGGAUAAUAUAGUGAAACACUUCUUAAU